AGCCUCUGAGUAACAACUAAGUCCAAUGAAGUGUAAUGGAACAGAGGGAGGAGUGUGGCUUAACAGACUAGAAAGUCUUGUUUCCAGGAAUACCUAUGAGGAGUUGCCUUCAUGAAUUUUCAGUCCCUCCGUGUUACUAUUUCAACAAGUUGUAAUUCUGUUGUGGAUUAGAUUUUGACCAGCCUCUGGCAUUACCUGGUAACAAAAGCCCAAGCAGCAUACUGGAGCCAGAUUAUAUUUGAAACAGAACAACAGCAUCUACACACAGUUAGUUACCAACGAUAGAAGUUAUAUAUUCACAUUACAGACACAGCAAUGAGCAACUCAGAUUCUUCGGUUCCAGCUCAUUCAGCAGAACAUCAAGAUGGAAAACGAAAACGAGUUAAAAAACCAAAAUCUCAAGAAGAUGAAAGUGUGGCUGGGGAGCUGGAAAUGCACAGUCAACCACAAGAUUCACCCAAAGAAAUUGUUCCAUACAGUGGAUCAGAGGUAAUGGUCAGAGAUGGCACAAGCACAGAUGUAUCUGAAAAUGGAGCCUGCCACUUGACUGAACAUCCAAGGUGGUGGAUACGAAAAGAUGAUGAAUUUUUCCAUUUUGUCAUUGUUUGCUUUGCGGUUGGAACUUUAUUAGUUUGCUUUUACAAAUAUAAAGACUGGACCAUUUCUGUUGGUGUUGGUUUGAUUACCUUUGCAGCCUUGGAAACAACUGGGAUAUAUUUCGGCUUAGUGUGUCGUAUUCGUGCUGUCAUGGAUAGUUUUAUUCCCCUGCUGAAGAGAGUUAGACUACCUGGUUUCAAGAAAACAACCUGAAGAUUUCAAGAGAACUGAAAUGAACAUUUGGCCUUAAUGUUAACAAGGUGUUUGAUAUACAACAACUGUGUAUUAAACAAACAAAUGUGGUUUUCUCUCACCUGGGGAGAAGAAAAACAGCACUCCAGUUGCCCCUUUCUUCUCUUUGGUGUAGGAUGUGUCUAAGAGAUAAUGACUAGGUCUAAAAAUUUCAUUCCUGUCUCUUUUGUAUAGAUGGUCUGGUUCCACAGAGAUCAGUCUACUUACUCCAACCUACCUAACUUGUAUUAGGCCCUUAGUAGCUUGCCUUGACAUUCUCCAAGUUUCACAAACAAAACGUUGAAUGUCAUUCCUGUGUCUCAUCUAGAUACUUGUACAGGAAGGUCACUUUGAGUGAGAGCUACCAAACAGAGGUGGCAUUGGAGUGUUAUGUGAGGCAGCUGUUUUUACACCAGUGGCAUAGACCACUUUCUUAGCCCUCCAGUGCAACUGGAAAUAAAUCAGCCGAUUCACACUGAGCCAAUAGAGCAGUUUCAGCCUUUGGAGAAACUUGCCAUCACUUGCUUUUAAUUUCCAGUAAUCGAAGUACAGCUUCUUCUAACAUGCUGUAUGAUAUGGGGGGGGGGUAGGUUUCAUGCAUUUCUCAGUCAUCUGUUUUCUCAGAACCCAUGAUACAAA